AUGUCGCCCCAACUACAUUUGCCGAUGGAGCUCAUCCGCAUGAUCUGCGAGGCAUCGGAUCAGAGCACACUCGCCAGUCUCUCCCGCGUAAGCAAAGCUUUGCACACGGUCGUUGAGGACUACCUCUGGAUCAACUACGAGUGGGAUGGUUCCUCUCGAGUGGUGAAAUACUUGCAAAGGAUCAUUGAGAAGCCCGGGCUCGCCAGCCUCGUGAAGCACGUCAACAUUCAUCUCCCAGGAGAGUUGGAGUACGACGAAGUCCUGGAGAGCAACAUAGUCGAGCCCCUUGACGUCCCCAAGAGCGCUAUCCCGUCACUCAUCGCAUCAAGCCCGGCAGUCCAAGAUAAUUGGAAGAAGGAGAUCGAAGCAAGUGACCCCAGUGCGUUCCUAGCACUUGUCAUUGCCUUGCUCCCCAAUCUUGUUUCGAUUCGGGUGCACACAAGAGCCCUCCAAGAGCUUGAUAAUCUCUGUGAUUUCUUCGAUUGGGUCUCUCGCCCCGAAUACAAGGAGGCUCGCAUGUCUUCCGUUCAUGGAGGCCACGAUCCCGCAUUCCCACAUCUUCGAGAAGUGUACAUCACCAGCACUGAUCGUGCCUCCGUGGAGCCUGGAUGGGAACGUACAAACCACGCGAUGGACCUUCUGCCACUCUUUUAUCUCCCAUCGUUGGAGCAUAUCACGGCACCGAUCCAUCUCCAAGAUAAUUUCUCUUGGGGCCGCCCAACGCAGCCAAAUGCAGAAAACAUCAAGUCCCUCGAUAUUAGCAUGAUUCGAGAAGCUAAUUUGGCCCGAGUCCUUGCUGCGACUCCUCUCCUGGAGAAGCUGGAUUGGAACUGGUGUUCUCGACUGGAUAUGGAUCCGUUGUACCCUGUCCCUAUUGCCGACAAACAUAUCAACCUCCAGAGAUUGUCCGUGCUCCUUGGGAAAUUGAGUGAGACGUUGACACACCUGAAGAUCACCGGAUCUAUUAGACGACUGGCAACAGAGGAUGGCCGAUUCGAAGGCAUGUUCACCAAGCUCGUCGACGAUGGCAAUCUGGGCAUCUUCACGCCUCUUACGAAGCUUCAAACCUUCCACGUACCUUUGUCAUUCGUGCUGGGGCUCCAUGACCCACACAAAAGUGACCCGCUCGUGCUUGCUCGCAACCUUCCCAGUAACGUGGAGUAUCUCACCAUCAGCGACGAGAAGCCUGACCCGGAUGAUGCUCACUGGCUCCCGGAGGAAAUCAUCUUGGUUGUCAAGGCGUAUCUUUCUUGUUGGAAGGAGUGGACUCCGAAAUUGGUCUCUCUCAAGUUAGAGAUCGGUUCGAAGGGGGCCGACUUGGUAGCAGAAGAGCUCGCUGACGUUGUUGCUUCGUCUGGUAUUCAAUUUCAGAUUGAAGCCAACCCUUUCCCCUGGGACCUUUCGGACAGCACCGAUGAAAGCUGA